AUGAGAGUACCGAGUUACUUCAUAAACUUUAUAGCUCUACUAAAUUUGGUUAAUUCACAAAGUGCUCCAAAUGUUUGUUUUUGUGCCACGUCUGGAAGUUGCAAUGGAGUAGGUGGAGGUGGGAAUGGUGGUGGAACUGGAACAGGUACAGAUGGAACAGUCGUCAACUCUCAAGUAUUUUGCCAAUCUGGAUUGGAACGGUGCUGUCCUUCGACUGGAUAUCAAUGUGGAAGGAGAUAUCCUCCAGUAGCUGGUGCUAGACAACCAAUACCAGGAUCUGGACAAGCUAACUAUGGAGCAUAUCCUUGGCUUGCAGUAAUUAUGGGUCAGACAGACUUAAGUUUUCAAGGAACUGGUGCUCUUAUCGAUCACAUGCAUGUUUUAACUGUUGCCCACAAACUGAACCAAUCACUGGCCAGUGGACAGCCAUUCAUUGUUCAACUUGGCAGAUGGGAUGGCUUAUCUGAGGUCAUUCCAUACCAAACGUUCACAGUGAUGAGAAUUUUUUCACAUCCGUCAUUUAAUCCAUCAAACUUACAAAAUGAUGUCGCAAUUUUGAGGUUAUCGCAGUCUGUUAAUUUAGGAGCAACACCUACCGUUGGGGAAGUUGACUUACCACUUGUGGAUCAAUUUACAUGUCAAAACUUACUAAGAUCGACUAGGUUGGGACAAAACUUUAUAUUAGAUCAAAACAGCUUUUUGUGUGCUGGUGGUGAGCUUGGUAAAGACGCAUGCACUGGCGAUGGUGGAGCUCCCCUUGUUUGCCAGGUAGCCAAUCAAUGGUUUGUCUUUGGAUUGGUUGCAUGGGGCAUCGGAUGUGGAUCCUCAAACGUUCCUGGUGUCUAUGUGAAUGUUGUUAAUUACAUGAGUUGGAUACAGCAGACUACAAACUCUCCUUAA